GCCCUGGUCGUCGCCUCUCCGUCCGCGUCGAUCGCGACUCCGAGUCGCGAAUCCACCGCCGUCGUUGCCGGCUGCGCGGAGCCGUUUUGGCGUUAUUCGCGCGGGAAAACGCGGCCGAUAACGCCACCGAGCACGCGAGUGCGUUAUGUUAUCUCCCUCACGCCAUACGGUCUGCUACUCUUCAUCCCUCGAAUCAUUCGCAUCUUUCGUGUCAUGUUCAACAGUGUCUCGGUGUUGGCCGAAAAUACUAAUAAGGUUUCUCUUUUGUGUUUUCUCUCAUGAUCUGAAUAUGAGGUAACUUUUCACGGUCGGCCGUAUGAAAAGUUGCGCAAAACGACCUCUAGUUGGGAGCUAUUUUUAAGCCAGCCAAUCAUUCCCGCGCGGGAGGCACCUCAAAAUCUCCGCGUUGCGCACAGUUGACCGAAGGUGAGCGAUUGCGGAAAGCAUGGAGGCAGAACCACCGGCAUCGGCACCCACAGGCUGUCUUAGACCGUUCUUUGUGGCAGCAUGCUUGUUCCCCCUACACAUAUGUGUCGGCUCAAUUUACGGCCAGUCAGCAGGAAUGCUUCCACAAUUGCUGGAAAAAGGCAGCUCAAUACCCAUCGAUAGAGACCAGGCAACAUGGAUAGCAAGUGCGCCGACAUUAGGAGCAUGCCUGGCAUCAGCCAUAAGCGGGACUCUAUCCGAUGUUUUUGGCCGAAUGCGAGUGGUACGACUAUCUUUUUUCUGUAUGGCUCUCGGCUACGCUGUAAUGGUCGCAGCAGAGAGUUUUAUGCUUAUUGUGCUGGGUCGAUUCCUCGCUGGUGCAGGAAUAGGCUGCAAUUUUCCAGCGUUCGUCUACGUCUCAGAGACGGCGCCACCGGCUUACCGCGGAUUGUUCCUGUCCCUGAACGCCCUGAUGUCCUCUCUGGGUCUGGUUUACAUCUACUCCCUAGGCGGCUACUUCCCGUGGGUCUACGCUGCAGGGGCCACUUGUCUCAUGGCCACCGCAGGGCUCGUUCUCACCUUCUUCCUCCACGAUUCGCCGGCCUGGCUCGUCCGGAAUGGAAAGCUCGAGGCCGCUCAGAAGAGUCUCCGACGGAUUGAGGAAAACGCGGCCAACGUUGAGAUCAAGCUGAAGGAGCUACAAGAAACGGCCAAAAAUGAGCCCACGAGUAGCUUCAACCUUCGAAUUUUCAUCGAACCCACCGUCUGGAAGCCUUUCAUGCAGGUGCUGGGCAUGUCGGUGCUGCAGAACAUCGCCGGGUUCUACAUCGUGAUCUACUACACGGUGCAGUUCAUGUCGGAGUUCCACUCGACGAUCGGGCCGCUGGAGGUGACCGUCCUGAUCGCGGUGGUGCGGCUCGUCGGGAUCUCCGUGGCGUCGGCCUGGAUGCGUCACGCCGGGCGCAAGUUCAUCGGGGCCUUCUCCGGCUUCUCCACCGCCGUCGUUCUCCUGGCCAUCUACGCCAUUCUCAAGUUGGGGGAUCGAGUCAAGUUCCUCGCCGAGAACAAUUGGAUCUUGAUCGCCCUUUUUCUCCUCUACGUCCUCACUAUGACACUCGGCAUAUUCCCCAUGCCCUGGACCAUGCCAUAUGAGAUGUUUCCCAUUAAGAUUCGGGGAAUGAUGUGUGGUGUGUGCUUCUGCGCCAUGCACGUAGUCAUGUUCGUGUCGGUGAAGCUUUACAACGUCCUUCUAGACAAUUUGGAACUGGACGGGAUGAUAUUAUUGUUCGCAGCAGGAGCGGCGUUGUUCGGCGUCUUUUCAGCAUCGAUGCUUGUCGAAACUCAUCGAAGAACAUUGGACGAAAUCGAAGCGGUGUUCGCUGGACGACCUAUUGUCACACCACCACAGAAACAGAAAACGUAACAAUUCUGAUCGAUGUCAAAAGUUUCCAAUGAUGUACCUGUUUAUGGGGCAGUUUUAGCAGAUUGGACCGAGUUUGACACAGAAACGCACAAAGUCUCAUUUCGAAAAAAAAAGUUGGAAGUGGUUCGAAAUGCAAUUUGUCGUACAUUUUCUCGAGUCAAAAAUUCAAUUCAUCUGAGUUUCUGUUAAUAAUGUGUUGUACAUACUUUAAACAUUUGCUGUGUUGCUUUUAAUUGUAUUUUCCACCUUUCUCUGGUUUGUUCCUGAGAGAUGUCCCCUAAAAGUGCCACAAAAUUUUGAAAUUUGCGAUCAAACCAACCUGCUUCUUUACGUAAAGUUUGUAGGGGAAAUCUCUGUGCCACCCUCAAUGCAUCAAGUUAAAGGCUAUCCACAAGCGCAUUUCAGAAUUUAAGUUGUGAUAAUUGCUUAGAACAAAAAAGCGAAAAUUACCAAUCCUACGCAUAAAGUCAUUUAACGCCUAAAGAUAGGCUAUAGUUUAAUCGCAAAUGAACUUUACAGACUUCCAUAUAAGUUAUAUUUUUGUACGAAAACGAUAAAAUGUAAAGACAUUUUGAAUUUGUAGUAUUAAAUGCCAUUUUUUUAAAAAAAAA